UAAUCAGCUCUCAUCUUCCUUCUUGGAUACAUCACAGCAUGGUAUUCCUCUAGACUAUAACAACAAAUACGGGACUCUGUCGAGUUGGUGAUAGCAAGCUUGAUCAAGUCUCUUCAUAUAUUGGGGAAUAGACAAGACCAUCUCACUGGUUACGAUAUUACCACGAAAAAGACAAGACAUAUAAGAAGCAUUCAAUAUGGCUGAUUACUACGAACGCGCGCCUCUUCUGCAGUAUCAAUUCCCGGGGCAGUUUCCCGGCAGCUUUCCCAACAACUAUUACACCACUUCAGCCGAACCGGCGCAGCCUCCGGUCGAUCUGACGAACAGCUAUGAGCAGUUCUGUCAUCUCAUCGGCAAUCGUCCCGCAGAUUGGCCCAAGGACAAGAGAUUCACUCCGCCUCACGACUCGCUGUACGCUCGGGCUCAAAAACAUCGCUCGAGACAGAGCUAUACCUAUGCCUUCGCUGCGGCCGCAACGAACACUCUUCUGCUCUCCCAAGUCGUCCUCGGCGCAGCUCUCACGGGCCUUGGUGCAAGCAAUUCGAGCCACAUCUUGAUCACAGUCUUCGGAGCUCUCAACACGGUCAUCGCCGGAGUCGUUGCUUUCCUCAAAUCUCGUGGUCAGCCGAUGCGUGCACGAAUGUUCCGCGAUGAUCUCGACCGCGUAGUGGACGAGAUAGAGAAUUCUGCGACCAUGUGGCUAGGCAUCAGCAGGGGCGUCCACGGGUACGAUGCCAUUGAUACAGAGCAAGCGGUCACUGUUCGUAGCGAGGUCGCUCGCUUGACCCGACUUUAUGAUCGUGCUGUCAAGAUCAACACGCUCAACGAUCCCGACUUUUACGGAACUGGCUCACCUAGCGAUCCUCACAGUGCAACGCUGAAGGCUCGCGGCGGACAGGUUGCAAUCCCUGCAGCCGCGCCCGUGGGCGAAGCAGGAGGUUCGGCACCAGCACCACACAACACGACAGACGAAGACGAGAGCCCCGCAACCGUAGCUAAACCCGCUUCUGGCGCUCCAAGCCCCAAUGGUGACAAAGCGAAAGAAGGUGACAAGGAUAAAGACGCGUCUGCUCCUCUACCACCACCGUCCUCCGCGCCGCCUGCAGAUGACCCCAAACCAGCACCGCCAGCUUCUACUCCCGCUCCUUCUGAAGACAAAGGCAAACAACCCGCCGAUGCACCCUCGUCCUCCCUUGUCACACCAGAAGUGACUGCUCCCGUGGUCACGGCUCCUGCUCCUACCUCUGAGACACCUGCCCCCAUCGCCAUUGCACCGCUUCCUGCUGAACCCGUCGUCGAUCCCGAUGCGAGCCCGGCCACUGCAAUUCUUCCGAACAAAGCCAACAGCAGUGCCUCGGUGCGGGUGACCAAACCUGCUCCAUUCUCAAGCGAUCAGCCUUAAUCAGGCGUAGUCGCAACUUCCACGAUAUCUUCGCCCAACCUUAUUGAUAUCUAUGGAAUUUUGGAGAUGCGAUAUACUAAUGAUCAAUUCGACUGUUUUUCAAGCUCAUAAUGUUAUUGGAAUUUGUCGAUUUCUUUGAGCUGUCGAUAUACUGGCUGCACUGUCUGAGACAGAUGGCAACCAUAAUGCGAUCAUGGAAUUUCUAAAUUAU